UGUUUCCCCCCCCCCCCUCAGAGGUUAGCGCCUACUUUCCUUUUGGCUGUGAACAGCACAGCUAAUUCCGUGCAUUUCGGACGCAAUUGGAUACCUAACACAUUGUAGUGGAUUGGAUGAUCCGAUCGAUUACUUGCUUCUUCGUGUCCUGAUAGGAUUUGCAAGGAGAACGCAAUCGGAUGUUUUCGUGUUUCUAGCCGGUUUGCAAGCAAAACAACACCAAACAAAAACAACCAUGCAUGGAGUCACAACUACAAAACGCCUGAGGGGAUCAUAAGAUGGAUCAAGGAGGAGUGAAGAAGAGCAGGAGUAACAACGACAACAGCCGAGUUAAGCUCCUUCUGGGCGAAACGCCCUCAGAGAGAACCCCUCUCACUGGUGCUCCCUGCAGUGCCAUGUCCGUUGCUUUGGCAACCACCACCACCUCCUUCCUUCCAUCCAGCCAGCUGAUGCAACCAGGUGACGUGCCCAGCGGACUCAGUAACAGCCCUCCUCCCUCAGGUGAGGACCUCGCCUCAGCCUCCGUCACGGCCUCCGUGGGCCUCUACCUGGAAGACCCAGAGCCUCCCACCACAAAGCUCCUGCCCCAACAGACUAACACGUCCCUGGGCCUUGGACUCUUCACCCUUGGGGAUACCUACUCCCGCCUGGAAGACAGCAUCGCUGACUUCCACCGCUCCUCACCCAGCAUGGACUCUCUGAUCGGGGGCUCGGACCCUAACCUGUUCCCCAUGUCCAUGAGGACGGAGACAGACUUCUCCCGGGACCAGGACCUUAUGGAUAUGGACCAGGAAGGGUACAUUGGAAAAGACCAGAAACUGUUCAACGACAACACUCUGGAUCUCCUCCAGGACUUUGAGUUGACAGGCUCCCCCUCAGACUUUUACGUAGGGGACGACGCCUUCCUUUCCUCCCUGGCUGAUGACACUCUGCUGGGGGAUGAGAGCCAGGAUCGUGGGGUCUCCAACUCCACCUCCAAGCCAGCUGCUACUACGACCAAUAGUGGUGGUUUUAGCGGUUCCAACACCACCACGUUGAAUGGUAGCAAUCUACUAACAUGUCAGGAUGAAUCCAACUCCAGCACCCCUAUGACAGGCAACUCCCCGACCCCCAACACCUUUCCCGUGGUGAAGCUCGAGAAGGAAUCUGGCUUCAUCCAGCUGUGUACUCCAGGAGUGAUCAAACAGGAGAAGACCUCGGCCAUUCGUAGCUACUCCUGCCGAAUGAGUGGUAGUACCGGCGGCUCCACUUCCUCCUCCCCCUCAGAGCUGUCCAGCGCCAGCCCCAUCUCCAUCUGUGGGGUGAGCACCUCUGGAGGACAGAGCUACCACUUUGGAGUCAACAGCAGCAUCAACACCCCCUUGGUUUCCACUACCAGUGGAGCUUCCCAGCAGAAGGACCAGAAGCCCUCGGUGUUCAGCCUGUAUCCUCCGUUGGUGACCGUAGGAGAGGCUUGGAACAACAGUAGCUAUGGGGACGGAGCUUCUGGAAUGCAAGGUCUCUCCAGCCCUACCUCCUCUUUCUCCAGUAGCUUUGCAAGUUCUACUUCCAGGCAGGGUGGUGGCGCUGCGUCGUGUACAACCCAGGGCAAGGCCGGGACCGCCCAUAAGAUCUGUCUGGUGUGUUCAGAUGAGGCGUCCGGCUGUCACUACGGGGUGCUCACCUGCGGAAGCUGCAAGGUGUUCUUCAAGAGAGCCGUGGAAGGUACGGUGGCAAGGGGGCAACACAACUACCUGUGUGCUGGGAGGAAGGACUGCAUUAUCGAUAAGAUCAGAAGGAAGAACUGUCCAGCCUGCCGCUUCCGCAAGUGUCUCAUGGCAGGGAUGAACCUGGAAGCUCGUAAAACCAAGAAGCUGAACCGUUUAAAGGGGGUGCAGCAGCCCACCAUGGCCGAGCUGACCCCCCGUCCGCUCCCAGAGGCCAGGUCGCUGGUCCCAAAGUCCAUGCCCCAGCUCACCCCCACCAUGCUGUCUCUACUAAAGGCCAUCGAGCCAGACACCAUCUACUCUGGCUACGACGGCACCCUGCCAGACACCUCCACACGCAUCAUGACCACCCUCAACAGGCUGGGGGGACGACAGGUGGUAUCAGCCGUCAAGUGGGCCAAGUCUUUGCCAGGGUUCCGGAACCUUCACCUGGACGACCAGAUGACUCUGCUGCAGUGUUCCUGGUUGUUCCUCAUGUCCUUCGGCCUGGGCUGGAGGUCCUACCAACAGUGUGACGGGAACAUGCUCUGCUUCGCUCCAGACCUCGUCAUCAACCAGGACCGUAUGAAGCUGCCCUACAUGGCAGACCAGUGUGAACAGAUGUUGAAGAUCUCCAGUGAGUUUGUCAGACUGCAGGUGUCUCAUGACGAGUAUCUGUGUAUGAAGGUUCUGCUGCUGCUCAGCACCGUACCAAAGGAUGGUCUGAAAAGUCAGGCAGUGUUUGAUGAGAUCAGGAUGUCCUACAUCAAGGAGUUGGGGAAGGCCAUCGUCAAGAGGGAGGAAAACUCCAGCCAGAACUGGCAACGCUUCUACCAGCUCACCAAGCUUCUUGACUCCAUGCACGAGAUGGUUGGUGGGCUGCUCAACUUCUGCUUCUACACGUUCGUCAACAAGUCUCUGUCGGUGGAGUUCCCAGAGAUGUUAGCAGAGAUCAUCAGCAACCAGUUACCAAAAUUCAAAGCCGGGAGCGUCAAGCCCCUCCUCUUCCACCAGAAAUGACUGUGUGGUGCUUCCGCCACCAAGACACAAUGCCUUAAAAUCCCCUCACCUUUCCCCUGACAGAGGGAGACCGGGAAGAAGAGAGGAGAGAAGAGGAGAUGCUGAUUUGGGAGAAAGUAUACAAAGUACAAGGGUUUGGGGAUUUGGGGAUGAAACAUGGAGGAGGAAGGAGAGAUUUGUCAAGAGGCAGACGACGAGAGGGAAAGAGCACAGAGUUUUUUUUUGUUUCGUUUAACAUCUAUGAUCCAGUAUGCAGUAUAACAGUAGAAAUAAAUGUCUUAAGUUUAAAGAUAAUCAAGGAUUGAAAUAAACUAACCAUGUUUUCUCAGGUGUAUCACCCUCAGAAUUUAACAAUAUCUAGAUUAAACAAGUAUCUAUGUACAGAUUAUUAAGAUGCUAUUUUUUACAACCACAGGUUUAUACAGUUUAUUACACAGGUCAUUUCUUACCUCAGCAAAGGUAAACACUAUAACUCUUGUGAUGUUUUCCCACAGGUUUAGCUACUGGGUAUUCCUCUACCUACUGUCGUGUUUAGAACCUGGUUGUAACAGAGUUGAUUAUCAAGUCACAUGACAUAAAACAUCUCGUUUUGUUCGUAACUGUCUUUACAAAAGCAUGUUUGCAUAGCUUUUAUUUAUUUUUAAGUCAGGCAUAACAUUAUGAAAUUGUUGUUUUUUUGUAAUGUAAGUGUACAGUACACAAUUCACAGACCUAUCUUUGUCUACGUUUAGGCUACAUGCUGGCUGCCAGGUUUACACACACACACACCGUCGAUCAGAAAAAAGGGAGAGAAAAAAAGAUGUGCCUUUUUAGCUUGACGUCUGAUUUUAGCCGUUCUCUCUCUGACUGUCUGAGGAUGUUCUUCUUUCACCAUCACGGUUGACCCUCAGUGUAUGUGAUUGUUUCCUUCAUAUUACAUGCAGUUUCAGUCAGUUUUCCUUUUUAAAAUGGCUGCCGUGUUUGUCUGUUGCUAUUGCAGCUCGGUUAUGGAUUCUCAAUGUGAGAUCAAUCGAUCUAAUAAUACUCCCAAUCUACAUACAGUAUUCCCUUCCUGAUCUCUUGUUCACGUCUCUAUUUUAAAUACUAUUUUAGCACUAUGCCCCCCCCCCUCUACUAAACUGAGAGAAUGUGAAAGUAAGUAGUAGAAAAGAUGUCUUUAACUCUAUUGGAUGUUUGUAAAAGGAAGCUAUUAAUUGUCACCAUUGAACUUGUUAUUUUUGUCAGCAAAAUGUAACUGGGUAUUUAACUAGGCAAGUCAGUUAAGAACAAAUUCUUAUUUACAAUGAUGGCCUACUGGGGAACGCACAACAGAUUUUUACCUUGUCAGUUCGGGGAUUCGAUCCAGCAACCUUUUGGUUACUGGCCCCUCUAACCAUUGCCGUCAGUCAGUGAACCUCUUCCUGUUGCUUUUGUUUUAACUGUUGUUUUGCUAGUCGUUUUUUUGCCUAUUGUCAUUGUUGGAAUGUGUCGGAGAGAGAGAGAGAUGCGUCAGCCAAUCAAAAAUAGAGAGUUUGAGAACGCAUCGGCGGCCCCAAAACCAGGCCGGUUGCUAUGGUUUCCCUAACCAUAAUAUUUAAUGGGAGUAUGGCAGUUCUUGAAUUUAGUUGUACAGUAGUUCUUGGUCACUUUAGGAAAGGCAGAGGGCUUCAGUGUUUGACCCUCAAUACUCUAUAUGCUGCUUUCUGUAUGAACACAGGUGUGUUUGAAUGGAUAGUAGAGUGGUAUGGGAAUGAAACAUGGGUAACUUGUCACUAUUGAUCCCUAAAGAGUCACUUAUAUUCUGGCAACAGUGACAUGUCACUGACAUAUCAGACAAUUUGACCGUUUUACGAGACAAACCAGCGAUACACAGGGGGUUCCGGAGAACUUCCACUGAUGGACCGUGGUCUAGGACAACCUCGUACCCCACCGAGGCACCUUGCUUACGUCUUAGCUCUUUGUGUGUGUUUUACUAAAAACGUUUUCCAGUAAAGCACUUAGUACUAACAUCCUUCUCUGUCAUCUUGUGUUUUGCACUCAAACUGUGUGUCGUCCCACAUGACACCCUUGUUCCCUUUGUAGUGUGUUACUUAUGACCAGAGGAGGGCUCUGGUCCAAAGUAGUGCACGAGAUAGGGAAUAAGGUGCCAUUUGGGAUGUAGCUUAGUUGUUGGAGGGCAUAGCUUAGUUGAUGGAGGGCAUAGCUUAGUUGAUGGAGGGCAUAGCUCUCCAUCUUCUGUCCUCUGGGAGUUUCAGUGCCAAACUUGAACUUUCUCUUUUUUUCAGGUUUGGAAAACAGUCCUCGUUUUAACAGUUGUCAGUGUUUAUUUCAGAAAAAGAUGAGGGAGAGAAAAAAAACCUACUUAAAGCACUUAUGUCCACCGUGGAUUGAGUGGAUUAUUACAGAAACUAAAAAGGUGAACUAUUGACCUUUUUUAGUGUUUUCAUCCACACUAGAGAUUCCCUAGCAUAAAUAUAGAUAGCAGGUUGACCCUUUAAGUCUAACAAACCCUUUCUAUACACAUGUACUUAGGUAGUUUAAUGAGUCCAACAUGAAUUUGUAAUAUUUUAUGAUUUUGUCAUCAUGUUGUCACCAAAAACAUUUUCCUGCUUUGUCAUUCAUGUUUUGCUUCUGUGCAGAUGUUUUGUUCUUUCUCCCGUGAAACACAAACCAACCCAGGUAUCAAAAUGAAUGUGAAUCUCCGUACUAGGUCAGGCGGGGAAGACUUAAGUCCUAGGGGGAGGGCAUAGUGUCUGCUGGUCCUGGAGGGAGGGAGGGCAUAGUGUCUGCUGGUCCUGGAGGGAGGGCAUAAUGUCUGCUGGUUACUUGUCCUAACUCCUGGCACGUAUUUAAUCCAUUACUUUUACUAGUUGCUCUGAGAGGGCAACAUACCUGGUUAAAUUCAGUCACUGGUUUAAAGGAAGAGACAAAACACCAGGAGACAUUCUAAAAAUGUAUGGUGAUGCCGCAGGGGAGGGGAAUUUGAGAGAAUUGUUAACCCGAGACCUGAAGCGAUUUUGAAUAGUUGGGGUGUGUUCCAACUUCUCACCGAACUGGCAUUAAAAAUACAAUGCUAGUUAUUUGUUGCCGUCGUUGGUCUAUUUACAUGUUGGAAAAAUGACUAUUUUAUUAUUUUCAUACACUAUGCCAACAUCUAAUAAAAAGCUAUACAUUAGUGAUUCUGAAGAACAACUAUACCAUACUCAGGUUGUUGUCAUUGGUUAAACAUGUAUGUGGUCAUCUAUGUUGAUGGAACCAUUUAAAACCAAAAACAUUCGGUUUUGAUUCCCAACAUUGUGUGUUUUUGUGACAUUCAUUAAUUAACAGUCAGGUUAAAUAAAAGCUCACCUGGCCAUUCAGGUAAGUUAGUUUCAUACAUACUGGACAUGCCAAAGUCAUUUGAUGUUCUCACUACUUGGUUAGCCAUUGUUAGCUUCCCAAUCUAUCCUAAAGGAAAAUAUUUGAUUUUCUUUCAAGGUGGUACAAACAUAGUUGAGCAAAACCAGCAAACUAGUUCUCCCGAUCUAAACAGCUCCUUCUGGAUUACUUUGACAUUCAGUGUGGCUACAAGUUGUUCUCUGCUGUUGCCUUUCAUAUAACAAGUAUGAAACCACAAACUACUCACCUCUCCUUAUCCAAAAAAAAUGUAUUGGUCUCUGUGAAAUUGUAUCAUACAGUACAUUUUUGACAAGGAAAUCUGAAAAUAUGCAAUACGAAUUACAAAUAUAUGACUUACUUGUUGCUCUAAACAAGAGAAUAUGGACGUGUACUAUGUAAGAUCUUUUUUCUUUUACAAUAUAAGCUACUUUAGACAGAAACUGUUCACUUUAGUGAACUAUUCUCUGUAUUUCUCUGCAGGACAGAUUUUCAGGAAACCUUUCAAUAGUGUCAAUAUAUACCAUUUAUUUAGACAACACAGUUCCAGUAUAUUACAUUUUUCUAUCAGGUGGCCAAAGCAAAGUUCAGCAUAUUUUCCUGUCGUUUUAGUGGCUCGUGGAACGACAGACAUGCAGGGCUUUUCUGUUUCAUAACACAUUUUAUAUAUAUUUUCUUUUUUUUUGUAUAGCUUUGGUCAAAUGUUGUGUACUAAUAUUAUGAAUAUAGUAGUCAGUCAAAAAGUUCACAAAUCAACCAGUUUGAACCUAACAAUUUCCUCUGCCCCAAAAUAUUAUUUUGAAUUUCUAUUUUGUAUAAAACAUAUGCAGCCAUGAACUUCUGAAGCGUAUUAUCAAGGGCAGAACGAUGAUUAUUCACUGGUAUAUGCUGUUCUCUGAAGCUUAUUUGUUUUGCUUGUACACAAUUAUGUACAUAUAAUCCAAAGUAAAGAAAAGCAAUUUGUUGUAUUUCUCCCACAAAUAAUAAUAUUCUAUAUCCUGUGUAUUAUUGCUCAUCUGUAGUAGGUCAUGUUGAUGCUUUUCCUUCCAUUAAAUGUUGGAACUAC